AUGUCGAGCCGCUCCGACGAUUUGCUGGAUUCACUCUUUCACUACGAGCCGAGCCGUGUAGAUGCCGAGGCGAGAGGUACAACAGAAUCCUCUGAGGCGUCUGUUUCACCGAGCCCUUCCAAUCGUUCAUCUGACGAGGCAUCAAAUCAUGCAAAUCCAUCAGAUGUCGGCUCUACAGAUGACGAGCCGUCGGUUUCAACGACCCAUCCCCAGGAUCCCGUUCCUGAUGAAGAUAUUAAUCGCGCCGCAGUCAAAGCCGAGGAGGAGGCAUUUCCCUUUGACCUAUUCGAGGCGAAGCGUGAAUUGGAAGGUCUCAUGGCGUCCCGAGGCGCUUCCACAUCUAGGCGAGGGCCACGAGUUAAGAGACAAAAGCCUGACCCGCCUGGCUCUAUGCUUUGCUCCCUUGAGUCGAUCGAGGCGUUGAGGCAUCGCUUCGGGAUAUCCGAGGCAGUGGAGUUUGUCGUUCCAGAGAAGAGCGACCCAGCCGACAAGCCUCCAGAGAAUCACUUCACUCUGUACGAGGCGUUCUUCGAGCUUUGCUUUCUCUGGUUCCCGAUCGCCGGAGUGAUCCUCGAAUAUCUCUGGAAACACGGGAUCUCGAUUGGGCAAAUCAUGCCGAGGGGAUUACGGAAAGCUCCGAAAGGAAAUAGAUUCUAUAUUUCCAACAAGGCGAAGCGACGGAUCAUAGGCGGUUUUCCCAGCAAGGAUCAGUUUUGGACUGAACGCUUCUUCUACGUCUUGGUGAACGAGGCGUCGGUCGGCGAGGAUUACGUUCAAAGAACCAAGACCGCUUGGGGACCACUUGUUCGGAACAUUCUUCCCCCGAUUCCCGACGACCUCUUUGUUGUUCGAGAUUCUCUUUCGGCUCGGAAGGUCAAUUGGAGGAAGAAUUUCACCCUCGAGAGAGUAGAGAAAGUCCGAGCUAUCCUUGCCGGAGUCCCUGUCAGCUCUUCAUCUUCCAGCUCCUCAAGAGAUACACGAGAAAAAAUGGUGAUAAUCACUCUGAGAGAUAGGAAGAGGCGUGAAGAAGAAGAGGCCGCGAGACGAGCUGCCGAGGCGGCUCAAGCGCAGACCGAGGCGGCGUCCGGGGAUGAUUCGGCGGUGCGGAGCAAAACCCCUUCGAACUCUGCCAUUUUGGCCCUCCCGAAGUCGACGAGGCCCCCGACUUCAGUUGUUCAGAAACAUGACCCCAGCCGAAAACGUUCGGCCGCUGACAAGGUGAAGGGCGUUGCUGUUCAGAAGGACGAGCCGUCCAAGAAGAGGCGGAAGCCGACGCCCAGAGACUCCGCUGCACGCAAGUUGGUCGUCGACGACCCCGACGCCUCUGCCGUUAUGUUCUCGCGUGUAAAUAACGCGAACACGCGUCUUCCUCCUCCGGAGAAGCUGAGGAGACCGAGGUCGUACGACGCGAUGGCACAGCGCGGUACCAAGUUUGUAGUGGCCAUUAACGACCUGAUGGUCGAGUACGAGGCGGACCUGUCUAAGGUCGAACGUCACUUGGACGAGGCCCGAAAUGAGACCGCGGCGUCAAAGGUGAAGCUGGAAGAGGCUCAGAACGAAGCCGCGGCAGCAAAUGGGAAACUGGACGAGGCGAUGGCCAGGGCGUCCAGGCUGGAAGAGGAGAAGAUUGUUUUGCGCGCCAAUGUUGACAAGGUCUCCGCCUCAGUCAUUCGCCUCGAGGAGGCGAGGAGAGCUAAAAGCGCCGAGGUGGAGAUGCUUAAGAGGCGUAUUGAAGCCAAGGACGCCUUGUUCGAUGCCAAGGUCAAGCGGGCGAAAAAGGAGGCGAGGCGAGAGCUUACGACUAAGUUUCAGGAACGCCUCGCCAAGGUGGAGGAGGGUUUGGCCAAGCUCGAGAAGGCCAAAAAUGACGAGAACGAUCUGGGGCAGAUCAAAGGCAAUCUUGCGAUGAUUGCCGACCUGAAGAAGCCGGACGCCCCAACGCUUGAUGACGAGGACGCGAAGCUGAAAAGCUGGGAGAGUGAAUAUACCGACGACGAGGUGUACGAGCGUAUUGCUUCCGAGAUCCGAGGCGAACUGGUUUUCUCUCCCGUAUCGCCGGACUCGGUAGACACCAGCAUUGGCAACGAGCCGCUUGAAGAGACAGCGGCCAACCUGGGUGUCGUUGAUCCGACCGGAUGA